AUGCUCGAAUUCGAGCACUUGCCGCGGCAUGGGCGAGGAAAGAUUUCCAGUUGGCUGAGUCUUUCCUACAGAACAGAGAAAACUUUGGUCUCAAUGAAGUCCUGAAAUCUCUACAGCUCCUGGACGCUGGACGUCAGGCCAGGGUGCUGGAAAAAAAGAUGAAGAUGCUGCAGGUGUCCAAAAACAGGGUUAAGCGUAAAACGAUAGGGAAACUCAAAUCAGACAUCAGCAAUCUCAAUAGGAUGAAAUCACCGUAUGGGUCUGCUAGUGGUGCUGUCUGCAAACACAUCAGGAGGUGGGUCCAGCAUUUUACUGCAAAAGAACUAGAGUUUUAUGCCAUUCAUUUUCCCAAAGAUCCCUGGAAGAAGCUAGCAGACAUCUGCCACUUUCAUCCACAGAAGGAUUUUCCCUCUCUGGAGUGGUUCCUUCCUUACUGCUAUGGACAGGGGGCGCCACCUGAGACCACUGUGGGUCGUAUGGUGACAAUGACAGCAGAGAACGUGAAUGAAAUGCUGGAGGACCUGUCUAUUCCUUAUCUGUCCGUGAAAUCACAUAAAGAUAAGCUGACCGAAGACGCCUCCAAAGGCCACAUAGCAGACCGGGAGGAUAAACUGGACACCAUCCUCUGGUGGUAUGAGGAACUAGCAUGCAAGGAAGUAGACGAUGCGAUACAGAGGAGGUUAGAAAAUGGUGACCCCGUGACCUUACCAAUCGGUAAACUCCUGGAAAGACUGCUAGUAUUCAAAAGGCUGUUUGAUGGCAGCUCUGAUGAGGACAGGAAGGCAAAGUUCUACGGAGACCUUCUGAAGAUCGCUGAGGACAGGCUUAAACAAAUUAAGCUUCCUCUUGAGUCUCCAGUCCUGGUGAUGGGUGACGCUUCCAAUUCCAUGUCUGUGGCAGUUAAAACCAGUACCAUCAUCGCGGGAAUUCUGACAGCUAUAACCUCCGCUAAACUCUCCUUCUUUAACGGCAAACACAAAGAGCCAGAUAAAGUACCAACAAAUGUCGAGGAGGUGUUACAGCUAGCUUUGAAUACCUGUGCUUCGGGAUACACAGCAAAUGCUGCCGGUUUGUAUCCUUUUUACGAACGGAAAGAGGUCCUGAAGACACUGAUCAUGGUAACAGAUGAAGAAGAGGCUCUCAAAUUCAAAAACAUCAG